CGGCAGUGAUGAUGGCAACGACAGCAGUGCCAGCAGUGGAUUUGCGGCCGAUAUUGCAUUGUGCUGAUCAGGAGAAGGCUGGUGGUGGUGGUGGCGAAAACGGCGGCGACGAGCAGCAGUCAUGGCCCAUGGGCGCCCUGCCGAAGGCCCCGCGCGACUGCGCGUCCGCGCCGCCGCCUGCCACCUGGAGCCCGGCGCUGGCGAGGCGCCGCUGGGACCUGCGGCCAGCUCCGAGCUGAGCGCCGCGGAAGUCGAGGCGCGCUGGGGGCCCAGCGCGGCGUCGGCCCUGGAGCCGCUCGCCCCGGGCGCUGCGGCGCUCGUCGCGGUGCCGCAGGCUGGCCGCACGGCGGCGCAGGACCUGGACGGCGCCAGGGCCGCCGUGAUCCUGCUGGACGUCGAGGCGCUGGCGGAGGAGGCCAGCAGCGCAUCGCAGGGCGGGUGCGCUGGCGUGCUUCCUGUGUUCCGCGUUCGGGUGGCGCGGGCUGGUGCCCUCGCGCCCUCGCAGCCGUGCGCGUAGACCUCCAGACCUUUUGCUCGACUUCGCUCCCCUCGUUCUCCU